AAUGACGGGGCAUGGUUGAAUCCCACUCCUAACAUAAACACCUGAGAUUCUCUGAUUCUCUGCCCUUUCAAGCUUAUCUGCAAAUUGUUUCUUUUUCCUCUGGACACUCAUACAGAGAUGGAAGGCAGAAAUCUGCUGCGCCUCCUCUUCUUUCUUGUUACGGGGCUCUUUCUUCUCCUCUUCACCUGGGCAAACUUCCCUUAUCUUCCUUCCAACAAGGCUGAGCUUCUCGACUGCACCAGUUUCUCACCAUGGUGCACCUCCAAAUCCAAACCCCACCUCACAACAAACCCAUCCAACCCCACAGGAGGCCACCGCCGCCACCACUCUUCCGAUGUCCCCCACCAUCCUCUCGACCCCCUCACGGUCCAAGAAAUCAACCGUGUCCGUACAACCCUCUCUUCCCACGCGCCGCUCAAAGCAUCGAAGAGGUAUACGAUUCACGCCGUUGACCUGGAGGAGCCGGCGAAGCCACUCGUCCUCCGGUGGAAGAAAGGCAACCCCAUGCUGCCACGGAGGGCUUCCGUAAUAGCACUUGUGGGGGGGGAGUCGCACUUGUUGACAGUGGACUUGGCCACGAGUCAGGUCACUCGAGACGACGUCCUUCCUCCCUCCGGCUACCCGACGAUGACCGUUGAGGACAUGACGAUGGCCACGAAGGCUCCGCUUGUGGAUGGGAAUUUCAACCGUACGAUCAUCGAGCGCGGGAUUGAUCUGGCGGAUCUCGCUUGUUUGCCACUUUCGACGGGGUGGUUUGGGAAGAGUGAGGAGAAGAGGCGGCUGAUUAAGGUCCAGUGCUACUCCAUGAAGGACACUGUCAACUUCUACAUGAGGCCAAUCGAAGGUCUGACGGUGCUUGUGGAUUUGGACAGCAAGCAAGUGGUCGAGAUUUCAGAUCGAGGACAGAACAUCCCCAUACCCAACGCCGCCAACACAGACUAUCGCUACUCCGCCCAGAGCAAACCCACGAACCUACUCAACCCGAUAUCCAUAGAGCAGCCCAAGGGCCCGAGUUUCACAGUAGAAAACGACCACUUGAUCAAAUGGGCAAAUUGGGAAUUCCACCUCAAAGCCGAAUCAAGAGCCGGAGUGAUAAUUUCCCGGGUCAUGUUUCGGGACCCGGACACCGGAUUGCUGAGGAAUGUGAUGUACAAAGGCUUAACAUCCGAGUUUUUUGUCCCAUACAUGGACCCAACUGAUGCAUGGUACUUCAAGACUUACAUGGAUGCUGGCGAAUACGGGUUUGGACUCCAGGCAAUGCCCCUUGACCCGCUUAACGAUUGUCCGCGAAACGCAUACUACAUGGAUGGUGUGUUCGCUGCAGCUGAUGGCACGCCAUUCGUACAAUCAAAUAUGAUCUGCAUCUUUGAGAGCUAUUCAGGUGAUAUCGGAUGGCGGCACGCAGAGAGUCCAAUUACAGGCAUGGGGAUCCGAGAGGUGAGACCGAAGGUGACGCUUGUGGUUAGAAUGGCAGCAUCAGUGGCCAAUUAUGAUUAUAUUGUGGAUUGGGUGUUUCAGACUGAUGGCCUCAUCCGAAUCAAGGUUGGACUUAGUGGCAUCCUGAUGGUGAAAGGCUCCCCUUAUGUGAACAUGAACCAAGUGCCAGGGCAGGAAUAUCUCUAUGGCACCCUCUUAUCAGAAAAUGUCAUCGGGGUUAUCCAUGACCACUACCUCACUUUCUAUCUGGACAUGGACGUGGAUGGCUCGGAUAAUUCAUUUGUUAAAGUGAAUCUUGAGAAGCAGAUGACUGCUAAUGGGGAAUCGCCAAGGAGGAGCUUCUUAAAGGCUACCAGGAAGGUGGCAAAGACGGAGAAGGACGCCCAAAUCAAAUUCAAACUCUAUGAGCCAGCUGAGUUUCAUGUCAUCAAUCCGUCCAAAAAGACACGGGUUGGGAACCCCGUUGGAUACAAGGUGGUUGCCGGUGGAACAGCUGCUAGCUUGCUCGAUCAUGGAGAUCCUCCCCAGAAGCGUGGCGCUUUCACUAACAAUCAAAUAUGGGUCACCCCGUAUAAUCGGAGUGAGCAAUGGGCAGGUGGCUUGUUGGUUAGCCAGAGCCAGGGUGAUGACAAUCUUGCAGUAUGGUCUGAUCGGAAUAGGCCAAUUGAGAACAAGGACAUUGUGCUUUGGUAUACUUUGGGCUUCCAUCACAUACCAUGUCAAGAGGACUUCCCUGUCAUGCCAACAGUUUCCUCAAGCUUCGACCUAAAGCCUGUCAAUUUCUUCGAGAGCAAUCCCAUUCUUCGGAUGCCACCUAAUGUCGAAAAUGAUCUACCAAUUUGCAAGCCAGCUGCUUCAGCUUAAACACCCGAAAUACUCUGUUUUGUUAUAUGUUGUAGAUAUAUGAAGAUACCAGAAUAGUGGGGCUGUAACUAAUCCCAAACUUGAUAAAAUAAAUGUGGAUUAUGGCUUUUUCUCCCCGC